CUCCCGAGCCGGGGGCGCCUGCGCACUGGCCGCCAACUCGCUCUAGUCGCUGUGGUCCGGGCUCGGGACCGGCUGCCAUCUUAGUCGAGGGACUGGAGAGUCGCCGCCGCCCCGAGUCCCGGUAACAUGCAUUUAACAGUGGCAUUCUGGAGACAACGCCUUAACCCAAAGAAUUGACUCCUGACUUGAACAGUGAGAACUUCAGGUUUGCUGUCCUAUUGGUGGUAUGUCUGACAGUGGAUCACAGCUUGGGUCAAUGGGUAGCCUGACCAUGAAAUCACAACUUCAGAUCACUGUCAUUUCAGCAAAACUUAAAGAAAAUAAAAAGAAUUGGUUUGGACCAAGUCCUUACGUGGAAGUUACAGUAGAUGGACAGUCAAAGAAGACAGAAAAAUGUAACAAUACAAACAGUCCCAAAUGGAAGCAACCCGUUACAGUUAUCGUCACCCCUAUGAGUAAAUUACAUUUUCGCGUGUGGAGUCACCAGACACUGAAAUCUGAUGUUUUAUUGGGAACUGCUACACUAGAUAUCUAUGAAACAUUGAAGUCAAACAAUAUGAAAUUUGAGAAAGUAGUUGUGACUUUACAGCUUGUAGGUGACAAAGAACCAACAGAGACAAUAGGAGACUUGUCAAUUUGUCUAGAUGGGCUGCAAUUAGAAUCUGAAGUUGUUACCAACGGUGAAGCUACAUGUGCAGAAAAUGUUAAAGGUGCUUCACAGAAUGAUGAUGGCUCCAGGCCCAAGGAGGAGACAAGAGUGAACACAAAUGGAUCAGAUGACCCCGAGGAUGCAGGGUCUGGUGAAAAUAGGAAGGUCAAUGGGAAUAAUUCUCCAUCGCUCUCAAACGGCGGCUUUAAGCCUUCUAGACCUCCAAGACCUUCGCGACCACCUCCACCUACCCCGCGGAGACCAGCUUCCGUUAAUGGUUCACCUUCUGCCACUUCUGAAAGUGAUGGCUCUAGUACAGGUUCUCUGCCUCCAACAAAUACAAAUUCAAAUACAUCUGAGGGAGCAACAUCUGGAUUAAUAAUUCCUCUUACUAUAUCUGGAGGCUCGGGCCCUAGACCAUUAAAUCCUGUACCCCAAGCUCCACUACCACCUGGUUGGGAGCAGAGAGUGGACCAGCAUGGGCGAGUUUACUAUGUAGAUCAUAUUGAAAAAAGAACAACGUGGGAUAGACCAGAACCUCUACCUCCUGGCUGGGAACGCAGGGUUGACAACAUGGGACGUAUUUAUUAUGUUGACCAUUUCACAAGAACAACAACGUGGCAGAGGCCAACAUUGGAGUCCGUCCGGAACUAUGAACAGUGGCAGCUCCAACGUAGUCAGCUUCAAGGAGCAAUGCAGCAGUUUAAUCAGAGAUUCAUUUAUGGGAAUCAAGAUUUGUUUGCAACAUCACAAAAUAAAGAAUUUGAUCCUCUUGGUCCCCUCCCACCUGGAUGGGAAAAGAGAACGGAUGGCAAUGGUAGAGUGUAUUUUGUCAAUCACAACACUCGUAUUACACAAUGGGAAGACCCCAGAAGUCAAGGUCAAUUAAAUGAAAAGCCCUUACCUGAAGGCUGGGAAAUGAGAUUCACAGUGGAUGGAAUUCCUUAUUUUGUGGACCACAAUAGGAGAACAACCACCUAUAUAGAUCCACGCACUGGAAAAUCUGCCCUAGACAAUGGACCCCAGAUAGCCUACGUACGGGACUUUAAGGCAAAGUUUCAGUAUUUCCGGUUCUGGUGUCAGCAACUGGCCAUGCCACAGCACAUAAAGAUUACAGUGACAAGAAAAACAUUGUUUGAGGAUUCCUUUCAGCAGAUAAUGAGCUUCAGUCCCCAAGAUCUGCGAAGACGUUUGUGGGUGAUUUUUCCAGGAGAAGAAGGUUUAGAUUAUGGAGGUGUAGCAAGGGAAUGGUUCUUUCUUUUGUCACAUGAAGUGUUGAACCCAAUGUAUUGCCUGUUUGAAUAUGCAGGGAAGGAUAACUACUGCUUGCAGAUAAACCCCGCUUCUUAUAUCAAUCCAGAUCACCUGAAAUAUUUUCGUUUUAUUGGCAGAUUUAUUGCCAUGGCUCUUUUCCAUGGGAAAUUCAUAGAUACAGGUUUUUCCUUGCCAUUCUACAAGCGUAUCUUGAACAAACCAGUUGGGCUCAAGGACUUAGAAUCUAUUGAUCCAGAAUUUUACAAUUCUCUCAUCUGGGUUAAAGAAAACAAUAUUGAGGAAUGUGGUUUGGAAAUGUACUUCUCCGUCGAUAAAGAAAUUUUAGGUGAAAUCAAGAGUCAUGAUUUGAAACCCAAUGGUGGCAAUAUUCUUGUAACAGAAGAAAAUAAAGAGGAAUAUAUCAGAAUGGUAGCUGAAUGGAGGUUGUCUCGAGGUGUUGAAGAACAGACACAAGCUUUCUUUGAGGGUUUUAAUGAAAUUCUUCCCCAGCAGUAUUUGCAAUACUUUGAUGCAAAGGAGUUAGAGGUCCUUUUAUGCGGAAUGCAAGAGAUUGAUUUGAAUGACUGGCAAAGACAUACCAUCUACCGUCAUUAUACUAGGACAAGCAAACAAAUAAUGUGGUUUUGGCAGUUUGUUAAAGAAAUCGAUAAUGAGAAGAGAAUGAGACUUCUACAGUUUGUUACUGGGACCUGCCGAUUACCAGUUGGAGGAUUUGCUGACCUCAUGGGGAGCAACGGACCUCAAAAAUUCUGCAUUGAAAAAGUUGGGAAAGAAAAUUGGUUACCCAGAAGUCAUACCUGUUUUAACCGCCUGGACCUACCACCCUAUAAGAGCUAUGAGCAACUGAAGGAAAAGCUGUUAUUUGCCAUUGAAGAAACAGAAGGAUUUGGACAAGAGUAACUUCUGGGAGUUUGCACCACGGAAGGACAAGAACUUACUUGCAAUGUUUGUCCUUUUCCUUCUCUGCUUGUUGCACAUCUUGUUGUAAAAUUGGACUGUGACUGUUUAGAGAGUUAUCUGAGUAUAAGUAAAUUAAUGUUAUCAUUGAGAUUUAUUUACCAGUGAUUCUGGACUUUUAUUCAACAUUUCCAGAAAUCAGAUCUGCAAAUGACUAGUCAAAACCUUAACAAGAUAUUUAACACAUCAUUGAAAUCUGACUUGUCUUAUUCCACUAGAUUUUUUCCUUAAUUAUGUAUGUGAGAAUCAAAAGUCUCACUCUUCCUUUUACAUCCUAGAACAGUAACAAAAGCAUUUUAAACUCAUGUAUCUGUACUCUGAAACACUGCCAUCCUGAAGCAGAUUUUAUGUGAGUGAAAGGAUUGCCUCAUUCAGAAAUUGUCGGUAUGAAGGGGGAGAUCAGGCUUUCCCCAACCCUACAUUUAUUUUGUUUCUUACUCCACAUAUGCCAGGAAAUGUAUGUAGUAUGGUCUCUAGACCCCUAGGUUUUUUUCCCUCAGAGUCAAGACUCUCUGCCUUUUUGUUGGUAGGGGGUAAAAUGCUAUUGCUUUGUCUUACAGAGCGAAUGUCUGCCAACUACCCUUCCAUUACAUAAGCCUGAACUUUGUUAAUAUAUGGCUAUGAAAAUUAAUUAAGCCUCUAUAAAGACUUCCCAUAGAGAUGAAUUCUCAUAUUGAAAUGUAGUUACCUGCAAGAUUUACUAGAGAUUUAUGAGAUUAAAUUAAGAGAUAAUGUAAGAAAGUAGACUUUUCCGAUUCUACAUAAUGCUUGAUUAUUCAUUUAGGGACCUAGAAAUUUGUGUGAAAAUGUAUAAAUAUCACCCAAAAGGCUUUCUGCCCUAUAUUUUUAAAAUACAGAAUAGUUAUAUUUUAAGUAGUCCCGGCCCUAGUUCUAUAGGGCUUGGCUAUUUAAUAUUUUUAUGGAGAAAACAUUUAGUUCUGGAAAAGGUAAAUGCUUGUAUAUAUUUUUGCAACCUGAGAUCUCCCUUACUCCAUUUCUUCCUUUAAUUUAAAUGGCCACAUGUAUAUGUCUUCCCUGCUGUGUUAGGAAAAUGGGGGCUGGAUAUCCCAAGAAUAAGAGGUUUUAUUAAAAAAAAAAAAAAUACUGCAAAUAGCAGACACAAAUAUGUCCAAAUACAUCUUAAAGUUUGGAAUAAACUGAACAUUUGGAAAUAGAUUUAUUGUAAGUGUUUAAUUUAGAGCAAUUUCUUAAAUCUGAACUAAAUUGCUUUUAGAGUUCUUUUUCUUUGUGAGCAUUGUAAAUGCCAAUAAAUUGUUAAUUUUUUUUUUUUUUUUUUUUUUUUACUGCAUGUUAUGUUGAAAUAAAAACAAAGUAAAAUGAGCAAAUUGCCUUAUUCUUCUGCUCUUUUGGGAGGUUGGGGGAAGCAGCAUUUCACAGCCUAAGCAGUAGGGAAGGACCUCACUUGUUUAAUCAAAUAGAGUGCUUUAAAACUGAUCUAGCCACUCAUAAUAAUGAAUUCCUACUCUGUCUUUAUGAUCUCAUAUCGUGCAGAAGAAUUAAUUUUAUAAGACUUACAAUAACUCUAUUUAAGAUUGAGGUACUAAUUUUUCACCAAGAUUGACAUACUAAUGUCAAGUCAUAGAAAUUUAAGUGAAAUAUGACUCACCUCCCACCAAGGUCUCAUGCUAAAUAAGCUAUUUCAGUCAAGCCCAUUCUGCCCCUUUUUAUUGCCUCGUGGAAUUAGACUUCACUGUAUUUAUAUCCUUCAUUGGUUUGGAUGUAACUCCAUCCUUCAAGACUUCUAAGGUUAACUACUUCUAUUAAAUAUUGUUGGUAUCUCCAGCCCCCCCUUUUUUGUUGUUUUGUUUUCCUUUUAGAAUUAUUCACAAAAUUAUUUGUAUAUAUGCUAUGCUUUCAUUAACUAAAAACGAAAAGCACCACUGGAUUGUAUAUAACUGUAUUGGCAUUCCUUUUUUUUUCUUUUUUUUUUUUCCUUGAACUGUAAUUUCAAAUACUCAGGUAACUCUACAGAUAUCACAGAGAGUCAAGUGCUCUUAAUGAAGGCCCUUCAGGGGGCUGCCUCACUUGCAUUUCCUUAAAAGAUGUAACUUUAUAAUUAAAGAUUUUUGGUCUUU